AUUACGCGGUACAGUGGCAACAACAACAAAAGCAUGUGCGCAGUGCGGUGAUUUCGUCCUGGGUUCGAUCCGCUCGGAAUCGUGUUUUAAGUGUCCUUUUUGCUGUUUUCCCUCACCUUCUAUUGCUGUCUGCUGGUUGCGUGUUGCAGAUAUUUGUAGAUACAUUGUUUCCAGUAUUACCGAACUUGCGGUGCGGGUUUGUAUCUUGUUUUUUCAUACAAGUUCUGCUACACCAGUUGAUUCGCCAUAAGUUAGUUUGAAACAUAUUGAAAAUGAGUGAUGAAGAAGAUUGCCCUCCGCUGUGCGAUAUGGACACCACGGUAGAUGAUUCCAACGGGGAGGACGAUGAAUGGGAAAUCGCCGAGGAACAAAACGAUCCGGUGAAAUGUUUGUUCUGUGAAGCCAUCUCCCCAACAAUGACGGUAGCCAUACGCCAUGCCAAACAGCAGCACGAUUUUGAUCUUGCCGGUGUACGAAGACGGUUCCACCUGGAUGAGUAUUCGUACAUUAAAAUGAUCAAUUAUAUCCGUCGCGAAAAACCAGACCCGGAGCAAUUCAAAACGGCUACAGGAAGCAGUUUACCGUGGGCUGAUGAUAAGUAUUUACAGCCGGUAGAGAACGAAACGUGGCUAAUGUUUGAUCUGGAUGAGCUGGAUGAAAUUAUGCUAAAUAACGGUAGUGGUGGUACCGGUAGUGGUGUUGGCGUGUCGGGUGAGAAAGACAAUGGGAACGAUAUCGGCGAUACGAUGACGCUUACCACCGACCAGUACCGCAAGUUACAGGGAAUAAUUAAUGACCUAACGGCGCAACUUCGUGAGAAGGAAAAUCUGCUGCAGCAUGCAGCCAGCAGUAUAGAAAAAAUGAAGGAAAGCUUUCGCAAUGUGUUGGCCGAACAGCAGCAACCGAACGGUAAAGCAGACGAGGAUAGCCCUGGAGGCGAUAAAAAGUUGGAACAGAUUAAGCGCAAAUUAGAACAUUGUGUCAGUAGCGUGUCGGUGGAUGAUGAUCAGAGCUAUUUCAAUACGUACUCUCACUUUGGAAUUCAUCACGAUAUGUUGAGUGAUGAAGUACGCACAUCGAGUUAUCGGGAUGCGAUCCUGCGUAAUGCCGACAUUAUGAAGGAUAAAACGGUGCUAGAUUUGGGUUGUGGUACGGCCAUUCUAUCAAUGUUCGCAUCGAAAGCGGGUGCGAAGGAGGUAAUUUCUGUCGAUCAGUCCGAUAUCAUUUACCAGGCGAUGGACAUUGUGCGCAAGAACAAUAUCGACAAUAUUCGGUUUGUGAAGGGACGGCUGGAGGAUACUGAAUUACCGAUAGAGAAGGUCGAUAUAAUUGUGUCCGAGUGGAUGGGAUACUUUUUGCUGUUCGAAGGUAUGAUGGACAGUGUGAUUUAUGCACGCAAACAAUACCUCCGGGAUGGUGGUUUAAUUUUGCCAAAUCGUUGCAACAUUAGCAUCGCCGGCUACGGUGAUCUUGAGCGACACAAUGAAUUUAUCGGCUUCUGGAAGAAUGUGUAUGGGUUCGAUAUGUCGUGCAUGAAGAAGGAAGUUCUGCGGGAGGCGACGGUCGAAGUGUGCAAACCGGAACACAUAAUCACGAACGCGAACAUUAUUGCAAACUUUGACCUGAUGGAAGUAGACGUGGACUGUCCUAACUUUAGCUAUGAGUUUGAGCUGAAGGUGAAACGAGAUGCGCAGCUAACCGCAUUGAUUGGAUACUUUGACACCUUUUUCGAGCUGCCGGAACACAUCGAAUUUUCCACCUCGCCGUACUCACGGCCGACACACUGGAAGCAGACAAUUUUCUACCUAGAGGAACCGGUACCGGUAAAGGAAGGACAAACAAUUAACGGGAAGUUUGUCUGCCGCCGUGAUCUGAAAGACGUGCGUUCACUGUUUAUCAAUAUUGAGCUUUUGAACAUGAUUCUGAAGUAUACAUUAAACUAGCAGGUAGGAAUACUGAUACUGAUCAGUUAAAGCGCGCAACCGCGAAAGAGCUGCACGGGACAGAAAGGAUAAAAUAAAAUGCAAUCGGAAUCACUCCAAUCCAAACAGUGACCCAACUUACGUGCGAAGGGUAAAUGGAUAAAGAAAUGAAAGCUUUAAAUUUUCGAUGAUUAUAUACAUAGACAGUACAUGGACAGGGAUGUCUCGGUAUACAUUUAUCUGCUAGUGUUUCUGACCAACCAUAUGGUUCGAUAUUCGUUUUACUUCAUGCUAAUCUUACAGCUGCUGUGCUGUACGCUAGAGCGGUGACACAGAAAGGCGCUGGAUAAAAACAGGAACUCAUAGAUUUCAUUCUAUUUAACAAGGCAAAACACAUCCGCACACACAGAGAGAGAGAGAGAUACAAUGGUUGUGAAGCGAGCAACGGAAAAUAUGAAAUACUAAAAUACCUACUACUAGCAGCAACAACAACAAAAAGUUAAAGUUAGUGUGAUAGGAUUUUGAUUUAUUUUUAUACAUACAGAACUUUGCCCAAAACGAUGUGCACCAACCAACCCACUUACGACCAACAGGCGCAUAUUGCAUGAUUGAAAUAUCAUUUAUCCUUACACUCGUACUGUGAGCUGAAUGCUACGCGGUUCGCCCUAUAUCCGAUUCCAAACGAAUGACAAUCCCUAGCAUGAUAAAUUUAACGAUCAUCCGAUGAUCAUGUCACAAGUGAAAUCCUGAUACAGGAAGAAGUAUGCCGAUAGAGCGAACAUUUUCCAUUCGUCGGAUCCGGCCAAAAGACUAUCAAAAAAAAAGAAACCCCUUCACAGGACAGGACAAUGCAAACUGCACACAAUAUUAACGCACCGAAACCACUGUAAAGGUUCGAAGAGAAGGAUAAAGCUUUAAUUUUGAAAUACUAUCAUACAGAGUAGUGAGAUGGUUUAUCACUCCAACCGCGUGACUCGUGGUGUGACUUGAUAGUCAAAUGCUAAGAUAGUUUGAAAAUAUUGCAUUUAUACAUAUAAUCGUUUGUUGGUUCACAUUGAUCCGCCGUUGCCAAUGCCAUGCUGAGGAAGGUUUAGAACGAUUAAACAUAAACCGUUUGGCAAGUUUAAUCAUGCUUUAAACGAUUGUAGUAUAUCUCGUAAACAGUAAGUAAUAUUCUUGGACUAACGAAAAAGUAUAGUAAACAUUUUUGAAGUGUUAUUCUAAACUAUAAAUAGAUCACAAAAGAUACUACAAAUAGCUAAAAGUCGUAGAUAUGUAACUUUAAAACAUUGUUUCCAUCAAUUGCUAAAUGCUCUCGCUUAAGCGUGCUUAAAAAAUAUACCUUAAAUUACCACGUGAUUUUAUAAAGCAAAAUUCGGUGACGCGAUAUUGUAAUUUGGCGUUUGCUCUCGUAUUUUAAAAUACGCUGAACAUCGAAUCUUUUACGUUGCGACGUACGUUGGUGACGAUCAUACGCUAAUAAUAAUUAAAGUUAAAAUGUUUACAAUUGUGCUUGACGAAAAUUGUUAGAGCAGAGUUCAAUAAAAAUUAAACAAACAAAUAAAA